AUGCCCAUGAACAAAUUAAAUGUAUUAUUUGAGAUAUCUUAUAUUUAUUCAUCACAAAUAUUCCCAGUAGUUCUAAAAAUACAUAAAAUGUAUGAUAUUGAUUUAAAAAGUAAUUCACCAGCAAACUAUGACUUUUUUAUAAAAAACUAUUAUUCAUCUAACGAUAAUAUUUUAAUUAUAACGGAAGUCAAACUACCGCAGUCUGAUAUUUUUGUAUUUCUUUGUAUUCAUUACAAUCGGACAACUAAUACUUACAUUAAAAGUUUAUAUUGA